AAGUAAAAAAAAAACAUCAUAAUAGACCACCCACCCAUUUGGAGGCGGAGGAGGAGUUACAGCAGCCUGUCUAGAGACUGAGAUAGAGAUUGGAGGAAGAUGACCCUGACCACCACGACCACUGCCGCAUCAGCCGAGAGCCAAGCGAAAAUGGACGUCAAAGGCAGUGGAGGUGGUAGUGGCGGCGAGGAGAACCUGCCCACCUCGGAGAUGGAUCUGCUGGCCAAGCUGGAGGCGGCCAAUAAGCUGAUCGAGAGCGAUGCCAAGUCCCUUAACUCGCUGCACUCCACGCACAGUCGCAAGAACUCGGACACGAGUCAGAUUAGUCUGACCUCAAGUGGCAACUCUGUGGCCGAGGAGGAUGUCUGGACCACGUGGGCCACCAUUCUGAACGACUGGGAGGGGGCUCUGAAGCGCAAGAAUCCCUGUGUCCGGGAGCUGGUGCGACGCGGUAUUCCGCAUCAUUUCCGGGCGAUCGUUUGGCAGCAGCUGAGUGGAGCUGCGGACACGGACAAGAAGCAAUAUGCGGAGUACAUCAAGGCCACCAGUGCCUGUGAGAAGGUGAUCCGACGGGACAUAGCACGCACCUAUCCGGAGGUGGAGUUCUUCAAGGAGAAGGACGGACCGGGCCAGGAGGCGCUGUUCAACGUGAUCAAGGCGUAUUCGCUGCACGAUCGGGAGGUGGGCUACUGCCAGGGCUCCGGGUUCAUUGUGGGCCUGCUGCUGAUGCAGAUGCCCGAGGAGGAGGCGUUCGCCGUUCUCGUCCAGAUCAUGCAACAGCAUCGGAUGCGGCACAUGUUCAAGCCAUCGAUGUCCGAGCUGGGGCUGUGCAUGUACCAGCUGGAGAACCUGGUGCAGGAACAGAUACCCGACAUGCACAUUCACUUCCAGCAGCAGGGCUUCCAGACGACCAUGUACGCCUCCAGUUGGUUCCUCACCCUCUACACGACCACCCUGAACGUGAAUCUCAGCUGCCGGAUCAUGGACGUCUUCCUCAGCGAGGGCAUGGAGUUCAUAUUCAAGGUGGCACUCGCCCUCCUCCUCACUGGCAAGGAGACGCUCCUCUGCCUGGACAUGGAGGCCAUGCUGAAGUUCUUCCAGAAGGAGCUGCCCGGCCGGGUCGAGGCCGAUGUCGAGGGCUUCUUUAAUCUGGCCUACUCCCUCAAGCUGAACACCAAGCGCAUGAAGAAGAUGGAGAAGGAGUACCAGGACCUCAAGAAGAAGGAGCAGGAGGAGAUGGUUGAGCUGCGUCGCCUACGGCGAGAGAACUGCCUCCUGAAGCAGCGAAACGAGCUCCUGGAGGCGGAGAGUGCCGAGCUGGCUGAUCGCCUGGUGCGUGGUCAGGUCUCCAGAGCCGAAGAGGAGGAAACUAGCUAUGCCAUUCAAACGGAGCUGAUGCAACUGCGACGAUCCUAUCUGGAGGUCUCCCACCAACUGGAGAAUGCCAACGAAGAGGUCCGUGGACUGAGUCUUCGUCUCCAGGAGAACAAUGUGUCCAUCGACAGUAACAACUCCCGGCAAUCCUCCAUCGAUGAGCUCUGCAUGAAGGAGGAGGCCCUCAAGCAGCGUGACGAAAUGGUCUCCUGCCUUUUGGAGGAACUCGUGAAGGUGCGGCAAGGACUCGCCGAGAGCGAAGAUCAGAUUAGGAACCUCAAGGCCAAGGUCGAGGAGCUGGAGGAGGACAAGAAGACGUUGCGCGAGACCACGCCCGACAACUCGGUGGCCCAUCUGCAGGACGAGCUGAUUGCCAGCAAGUUGCGUGAAGCGGAGGCCUCCCUAUCCCUCAAGGACCUCAAGCAGCGCGUCCAGGAACUGAGCACCCAGUGGCAGCGCCAACUGGCCGAGAACCAGCGCAGCGAAAGCGAACGCACCACCAACGCAGUGGACUCCACGCCCAAGAAGCUGCUGACGAACUUCUUCGACAGCUCGAAGAGCAGCGAGCACACCCAGAAGCUGGAGGAGGAGCUGAUGACCACCCGGAUACGGGAGAUGGAAACACUAACCGAGCUGAAGGAGUUGCGUUUGAAGGUCAUGGAGCUGGAGACACAGGUCCAGGUCUCCACCAAUCAGUUGAGGCGUCAGGAUGAAGAGCACAAGAAGCUCAAGGAGGAGCUGGAAAUGGCGGUGACGCGGGAGAAGGAUAUGUCGAACAAGGCACGCGAACAGCAGCACAGAUACUCUGAUCUGGAAUCUCGCAUGAAGGAUGAGCUGAUGAACGUAAAGAUCAAGUUCACGGAGCAAAGCCAAACGGUGGCUGAACUGAAACAGGAAAUUUCACGACUAGAGACUAAGAACUCGGAAAUGCUCGCCGAGGGAGAACUGCGCGCCAACUUGGAUGAUUCGGACAAGGUGCGCGACCUGCAGGACAGGCUGGCUGACAUGAAGGCGGAGUUAACGGCACUGAAGAGUCGUGGAAAGUUUCCGGGCACAAAGCUGAGAAGUGCGUCGAUCCAAUCGAUUGAAUCGACGGAAAUCGACUUUAGCGAUCUGAACAUGAUGAGGCGUGGCAGUACAGAGCUAUCCACAUAACACCACUCCCACUCCCAGAAGUCAGGCAUCGAGUGAGAAACCAAACAGAUAUAAGAAUAAAACCCUAAAAAUAUAUACCAGCAAGGAUAAUAAUGCUGAAGAGAGCAGGGCAGUACAGGAUUUAAAUCGAAAUAUAUAUACACAGAUGUAUAUGUAACAUAUAUGUAUAUGUAGGGGAGGGAGCACAAGCCGAUUUAUCCACUCCGAUAUAUAUAUUUAUAUAUGUUUGUGUGUUAACCCCCAAGCCUGUGAUCACAAAUGAAGGAAAAAGGAUACGAGGAGGAGGAGGAGGAGGUGGAGCAUCGGGCGCAGGAUGUUUACUAAGGAUCUUGAUGGCAAUCCAAUUACAAUAUUAUUUGUGUAUAAUAUUUGUUUAAAACUUUAUUAUUAUGAUAUCAUUAUUUUUUAUGCGAUUAUUUUUAAAUAAUUCCUAAUGAUCUAUUAAUUUUGUAAUUCUUUUUUUUUGUAUGUGUAUUAUUAUUACUGUUAUGUUUUUGCGAAACAACAACAACAAAAAACACACUCAUAUUUAUUUAUUUUAAAAAUGAUAUUUAGUGAGAGAGUUACGAGUGAAAAAAAAGAUAUGAUAUCCUUAAGAUAGAGGACACCCCUACACACACAAACACACACACCC